AGCUUCCCGGAGGCGAGGGAAGGGGGAGGGUACCGGGGCAAGAAGCCCCGGAAUGUGUGGAUGCGGAGGUUGAGUGUGGGUGAACGGAUUAAGUAAGGGCCUCCGCUCCAGAACAAGGCUACGUUACGAGCGUAAAGUAGGCCCUGCGCAUGCAUGUGUCCGUGCUUGGUGCAGGGGCGGGGCCUCGGGCUGGCGCGCGGGCAGCGACGCCCCGCAAGGGCGCGCCGAUCGCGGGCGCGCGCGGGCGUACCUGCUGCGUGUGGGGGCGGAACCUUAGGCCCGGCCUGUGUAAAGGUCCUAGGAGAGGUGAGCCGCUCCGCCCCUCUCCGGAGUGGACCCUCCAGGGGGAGGCAAGGAUGUCCGCCGCUCCGGGGAAAACCAGGUCCAAGGCACCAGUGACGUUCGGGGAUUUGGCCGUCUACUUCUCCAAGGAGGAGUGGGAACAGCUGGGCCCCACUCAGAAGGACCUGUAUGAAGAAGUCAUGUUGGAGAACUACCAGAACCUGGUGUCUCUUGGAUUUUCCUUCCGGAGGCCAAACGUGAUUGCUCUGUUGGAGAAAAGGGAAGCGCCCUGGAUGGUGGAGCCCGUGAGAAGACGUCAGGGCCCAGACUCAGGGUCUAAAUGUGAGACCAAGAAGUUACCUACAAAUCAGUGUAACAAAUCUGGGCACAGCAUCUGUCAUAAACCAGUUCCUGCACCACAAAACAUUUCCACAGGAAAGAGAGGCUGUAAGAAGAAUUCAGUCCUAAUAAAACCCAAGAGAGUUCGUUCAGGAAAGAAAUCUUUAAAAUGUAAUGACUGUGGGAAAGUCUUUAGUCAGAGCUUCUCUCUCAAACUUCAUCAGAACUCUCAUACUGGAGAGAAGCCAUAUGGGUGCAGCAACUGUAGAAAAGCUUUCAGACAGAUCUCUUCCCUCAUUCUUCAUCAGAAAAUUCACAAUGGAAGGAAAAGCCACAAGUGUGAUCAGUGUGGGGAAAGCUUCAUGCACAGAACCACCCUUACUCUGCAUGGAAAAAUUCAUGAUGGAAAGGCAACCUCUGAUUGUGGGAAGGCCUGGAGUCAAUGUCCAUCUCUCAGUGUACAUCAGAAAAUCCACUUGGUCGAGAAUGUCCAUCAGUGCAGAAAAUGUGGGAAGGCCUUCAUUCGACUGUCAUCCCUUUUACUUCAUAGGAAAAUUCACAAUGGAAAGACAGUACAUAAAUGCAACAAAUGUGGGAGAUUCUUCAAUAAGAGAUCAGUCCUUGUUACACAUCAAAGACUUCAUGCUGGAGAGGAAACCCAUGAAAGUGAGGCUCUAAGUCAGAAUCUACAGCAGAGAAGUCACCAUUCAGAGAACCCUUAUAAAUGCAGAAAAUGUGGAAAAUCUUUUAAUAGGAUUUCAUCGAUUAUACUUCAUCAAAGAAUUCACACUUCACAGAAACCCUACAAAUGUGAUAAAUGUGAGAAGGACUUCAGGCGGCUCUCAACCCUUAUUCUGCAUCUAAGAAUGCAUAAUGGAGAGAAACUACACAGAUGUAAUAAAUGUGAGAAGGUCUGUAAUCGGCAUUCAUCCCUUAUUCAGCAUCAGAAAGUUCAUGCAAGGAAAAAGAAACUGUUUGAAUGUAAGGAAUGUGGGAAGAUGUUCUCUGGAACCGCCAACCUUAAGAUACAUCAGAACAUUCAUUCUGAAGAGAAACCUUUCAAAUGCAAUAAAUGUAGUAAAGUUUUUGGCCGCCAGUCAUUUCUUAUUGAACAUGAGAGAAUUCAUACUGGAGAAAAACCCUACCAGUGUGAGGAAUGUGGGAAAGCCUUCAGCCACCGAAUAUCUCUAACUCGACAUAAGAGAAUUCAUACUGAGGAUAGACCCUAUGAGUGUGCCCAGUGUGGGAAGGCAUUCAGUCAAAGUGCACACCUUGCCCAGCAUGAAAGAAUUCACACUGGAGAGAAACCAUACACAUGCAAAAUAUGUGGGAAGGCCUUUAGUCAGCGCACAUCCCUGAUUCUACACGAAAGAAGCCACACUGGAGAGAAACCCUAUGAAUGUAAUGAGUGUGGGAAGGCCUUUAGCAGUGGCUCUGAUCUUAUUCGGCAUCAGAGAAGUCAUUCUUCAGAGAAACCCUAUGAAUGUAGUAAGUGUGGGAAGGCAUAUAGUCGGAGCUCAUCCCUGAUUCGACAUCAGAAUACACAUUCAGAAGGAAAAGCCUAAGGUUGUUUUAAAUAUGUAAAAGCAAAGGGGGAGGCUAACACAGUAGCAGAAACAGAGGCAUGAGGAAGAUGUGUUCAUCUGUAAUGUAAGUUUUGUAAAAAUGGGACCAUUUGAUGAUGUGUCCCAUUUUGAAAGCCAAAGAAUAAAAGUUACUGGUGACUUUUGACCUGAAGAUUUGAAAUCAGCUGAGGGCAGUUAUCUUAUCAUAGGUCUUAAUUUCAAAGUUCACAAACUCAGAUGGUUGGAUCAGUCAUCUCUAAUGAGGACCAUUCUUCAUUGAAUAAGAACCAUUGAUACUUUAUUUCCAUUGUAGUUUUAAAGCUAUUUCAUUGGUCACAUGACAAAGUGGAACCAUAAAGUCCAUUUUUGUGAAUGGGGCUUUCAGCCUGAUUUAAGGUCACAUGAAGAAAAAGUUUGAGUUCAUCCCUUAGAGCUAGAACCGCCACAUCUAAGAGACUUCCUGGCAAACCAGGCUGCUGCUUUCAGCUGAGAGAAGCUGGGGGCGAGAAUGAAGAGUGAGCUCAUCACAGAGAGGAGCAGGGGGGCAUCACCCCUAUUGUCAUGGACGUGAAGAUGGUCUUCAUGAUGUGGAAAUCUAACCAGCCUGAGGCAGGUCCUGGGGAACCACAAUGCACUAGGAAUGGGGACUUCAGACUGGGGAGAGAUGUGCUAUUUGGAAGUAAACAUGGCUAUAUUUACAUGAGUAAACAUGGAUGUUUUCAUGUAAGAAUACUGGUAGCAGUGAGUGAGUGCUAGAGAAUAGGGAGCCAUUCCCUGAAUGUGAUCCCGACCACAAUCCACAUUGAGUCCCUAACUCCCAAUGGGAUGGUAUUUGGAAACAAGGCCCUUGGGAGAUAAUUAAGGUUGGAUGAGGUCAUGUGGGCGGGGCCCUUGUGAUGGGAUUAAUAUCUUUGAAAGAAGGGACACGGGAGAGCUUGCUCCCUGCUGGGUGGAGAUACAGCAAGAAGGUGGCCGUCUGUAAGCCAGAAAGAGGGCCCUCAUCAGUGCCCAACACGGCACCUUGAUCUCAGACUUGCAGCCUCCAGAACCAUGAGAAUAGGUUUAUCUUGUCCGUGGUCCCUGGUCUGUGGUGUUCUAUGACAGCCCAGGCUAAUUCAUGGGGGAAACUGGAUUAUGUGCCGGGCACUUUUCCUGUUGGCUGUUCACCAUAUAUAAUAGCUUUCAGUCCUUUUUUUCUUCUGUAAAAUAUGUAAGAAAUAAGAUCAGUUCUUUUUUGUAAUUGGGUUAUAUAUAGUUCAACUUUUUGUGUAAGUUUUCCUUCUGCAAAAGCAGAAGGCACCCAUUUUUGUUAAGACAAUGAUGUGGAAUGUGUGACCGUGUGGGUUAGGGCCCUCUAACUUUGACCACAGCUGAGGAAACGGCCAGAUUUGCGAAGGGUGAACAUGCAUGCAGGAUAAUAGAACAAUUUUCCAUUUAAAAUUGUCAUCAAUUCUGCAAAAUCAGUAUGAAAAAAAUCAGCACUUGGAGCAAAUUGGUGAGCAAACAGCAUGGAAGGUUAAUGGAGAGACGGGUCUUUCCUCCCUCCUUCCACACCACCCUCUGCUUUGCUAAUUCCUCUGCCAGUCUGCCAUAGCUGUUGGUUCCAAAUCAGUGGUCACAACCUCAUGUGGGUAAUGUGAGCUAAUGAGACAGUGUUCUUGCCCCAGGCACUUAACAGCUUACUAGGGAAUACAGGUAUUAAAACAUGGAAACAUAUAAGGCGCACGGGUAGUAUAGAGGAGAAAGAUCAACUUCAUGGCAAUGAAGGGCAUGGGGACAAGGAUCACUGUGGGAGAUGGUGAUGGUUUUAAAGGAAGAACAGGAAUUUUACUAGGCACACAAAGUUGGAAGAUGUUAAAGGCAAAGAAUACCAGUGCACAAAAUAAUGGCGGAGAGUCACAGAGGAUUAGGGAAGUUACAGGUUCCAGCAUUGGUAUAUAUAGGAAGUGGUAAGCACACAGUGAGUACUGAAUAAGUAAAAGAAAAUAGUAUGGCUGGCCUGCCUCUGAAGCAUAAUUCAAAGGGAGCAUUUAAACCUGAAGGUGACCCAGACACCUAUCCCAAGAGAUAAACCUUUGGGAAAACAGGCCCUCACUAAUGAUUUUUAGGGACUGGUGAACUUUGGGUGACAGGAGCACCCAAUCGGAAACCUAGUCUGAUUCCUGAGUAUAUUAGUGAAAACCCCACACUAAAGCCUUGACAGAGGGAAUGACAUGGCCACUUCCAAGAAUUAAAUCUAUUUACUUCAGUUUCUACUGUCCUGCACAAAGUAUCUGGCUUUUGGCAAAACAAAACAAGACAUUGACAAAUGCAAGAAUAACAACUCUCCCCCCCCCCACCCCAACCAACAGACGAAGCAAUCCGGAACUGGACUGAGGAAUGACAUAGCUGUUGGCCUACCUGACACAGAAUUUAACUGAUAAUGUGUUAAAGGCUCUAAAAGAGAUGCACAGCAGGCAAAUCAGCUGGGUCAGUGGAGCAGAGAUGGGUUGUAAGAAUCUAAUGGAAAUCUGGAAAUGAACAGUAACAGGUGAGUAAUGUCUUCAGGCUUGUCACACAGCUAAGGAAAGAGAACACUGAAGGUAGGUCAAUAACAAUUCCCCAAAGUGAACCCGCAGGGGGAGGGGGAGAGACAAGAAUAGAACAUCCAAAGACCUGCAGGGGAAAGUCUGUUGUUCCAACAUACAUGUAAAUUGGAAUUCCACAAGGAAUAGAGAAAACAAAAAAUAUUUGAAGAAAUAAUUGGUAAUGACACCAAAACACAAAUGUAUAAAGCUCAGAGAACAAGAAAGAUGAAGAAAAAAAACAAGACAUUACAUACAGAGGAACACACAUAAGAAUUACAGCAGACUUACCAGAAACCUAGAGAAUGUAAUGACAUUUGUAAAGGGUUGAGAGAAAAGCUGUCUAUGAAAUUUUCACGGAUAUAUCUUUAAAAUUUGAUAGAGAAAUGAAGACUUUCUCAGUGAAAGAAAAACUGAGAAUACAUUGCCAGAAAAUAGAAGAAAUGUUUUGUGAAGUUUUUAAAGCAGAAGCAUGAUGUAACAGGAUACUUGAAUAUACACAAAGAAGAUAUCCAGAAAUGUAAUAAAUGAAAGUAAAAUUUUUCUUUUAGUUUAUCUCAGUAUCUAAAAAAUAAAAAAAGUAACAUGUUUUUGUGUGUUUAUAGCAUACAUGAAAGUAAAAUAUAUCAAAAGCACAAAGGAUUGGAGGGGGAAAUUGGGAAAAUAUUUUGUAAGAUCUUUACUUGUAAGUGGCAUAUUAUUUGAAGAUAUAUUCUGGCUAAAGAUAUAUAUUGUAAACCCUAGAGUAACCACUAAGAUUUUUUUGGAGAUAUAAACAAUUAGUUAAUAAAAUGGAAUAACCAGAAAUGCUCAGUUAACCCAACAGAAAGAACAAAAAGACAAAGAAUAGACUGAAUAAUUAGAAAAUAGUUAAGAGGAUGGGUAAAUUUUAAUCCAAAUAUAUCAAAAACUACAUCAAAUCUGGGUGGUCUAAACACACACCAGUUAAAAGAAAUGUAAGAUUGAAUGGAAAAGGACCCAACUCUAUGCUAUCGACUAGAAACCCACCUUAAAUAUAAAAUGCAGAAAUCUUAGCGUACAGCUUGAUGAAUUUUGACAUGUACGUGCACUCACAACCAUCACCCAUAUCAAGACAAAAUGUUCUAGUUCUUCCCCUCCUACCUGUGUCAUCCUUCCCUCCACUCUCUUCCUCCAUGGCAGCCACCAGCCUGUUCUGUUUAUGAGUCUUUUCAAGUACAUAUGAAACGUUUCACCCGGAGACCAUAAAAAAUUUUUUAAUAAGUUAAAAAAAAUUAAUUAUAUAAAAUAUAUCCUGACCAUAACAGAAAUAACCUAGCAACAACAGUGAGAUAUCUGAAAAUAUUGGGAAGAUUUAAAUGACAAAUUCCAUUUCUUUAAUGGAUACAGAACUGUUCUGCUCAUUUAUUUUUUGGCUACCAAGGUUGCAUAAAUUUCACAGCAUUCCCUUAAGGUCCAUUUAAUAGCUAGAAUUUGUACUGAUGUCACCUCUGCCAUUCCAAGUAUUGUUGAGUUGCCUAGUUUGUGUGUGUGUGUGUGUGUGUGUGUGUGUGUGUAAUUAGUCUAAAUGAAGUUUUAUUAUUCAUUUGCUUGUUUUACUUUUCCAUAUUUCAUUGGUUUAUAUUCCUUAUUUUGGAAUAUAUUCUUUACUGGUUAUGUUCCUUAUUCUGUGCUGACUUUGGGUUUCAUUGCUCUUCAUUUUCUACUUUAUUAAGAUGGAGAUGAAGUCAUUGGUUUGAGAGAUUUCUUUUAUAACUUAGUGUUAUUAUAUUUUGUUCUAAGUGCUGAGUUAGCUGCAUCCUGCAUGUUUUGAUCUAUGUUCUAAGUUUCAUUCAGGUCAAAAUACUUUUUAUUUUCCCAUUUGAUUUCUCUUGACCCCUGGGUUACUAAACCUUGUGCCAUUUAGGUCCAAAUAUUUGGGGAUAUUCUAAGUAUCUUUGUUAGUGAUUUCUGAUUUAGUCCAUUCUGGUCAGAGUUAAUGGAUGUGUUUUAAGGUCUUGAAUGUGGUCUGUCUGGGUAAAUGUACUGGGAGCAUUUGAAAAUCUGUGUUUUAGGUGUCGGGUUUCUCAGGUGUCAUGUAGGUCAGGUUGGCUGAUAGUGUUCAAGUCUUCAAGCUGAUUCUCUACUUUUUCUAUUGAGAGAUGCAUGUUGAAGUCUUGAACUGUAGUUUUGUGUCUGUCUGUUUCUCCUUAUAGCUCUAUCAGUUCUUUCUCCAGCUUCAGAUAUUUUGUCACAUGCAUGUUCUGGUCAGUAUUCAGGUUAAAAAGUGGAGUUUGUAUUCAGGUAAGACUCAGGUAAACAUUCUGCAGAUGUCUAGGCUUUUCUGUAGCACUCAGGCAUUUCGUUAGGUGAACUAGUCACCCAGUCCGCCUGACUUCUGGCCCAUCUCAGUUGAGAGACACUGCCCGGAAACUCCUUGCAGUCAUCUGGAGAAAUCACAGUACUCACAUCAUUUGUUUCCCAUUUCUCAGGGAUCUUUGUUUUGUUGCCUGGUAUCCAGUGUCUUGAAUACCGAGGUUUUGUAUGUUUUGCACCUAUUUUAGUGUUUCAGAAGGGAGGGUAAACUAUUCCCUGUAAUUCUGUCUGCACCAGAAGUGUAGAUCUCAAGUGAGCAUUUAAUGAGGGCAGGGGUCACUACCCUCUCACUAUGGUUACCUUGUCCAGAGUGUAGCCAUUGUGGGACUACUGGUAAGAUAGUUUAGUUACAAGCUGCUGUGUACCGAGUCCACUUGACCCAUGGAAAUUUAACUUACUCUUGUUACAGGGUCUGGGGCAGCAGCUCCUAAUCAAACACAAUAUUUCUGCAGCAAAAGAUAUGAAUGUCCAUGCACUUAGCAAAUCAGUAAAUGCUUAUGUCAGUCAGUUCAGGUCAGGUUUUCUCUUUAUAGGAACUGAUUCUCAACCUCCCUGAGCCCUGCCCCCAUUCCAUAGGAGUUUGUGAACUGGUCAAUCCAAUGACCCAGCCCCCCUGGUAGAGGGAUGUGCACUUGACCCAGACUAGCCAGAGGACUAUACCAGGGACUCAGUGAUUGGACCAGAGUGGUCACUAGGACAUAGCCUAAACUGGAACAAGUCAUAUUUCAGUGGGGACUGAUGUGGAAGGAUUGGUGAAAAGCUAAAGUCUGAUAUCCAUAAAUGCCAUUUUUUCUCCAUGAAAAGACACAGCCUGCCAGUGACUGAGACAGCUGAAAGCAGAGCUCUGAGCUGCUACUCUGCUGGGUUGGCCUGAGGCUGGUUGUUCUCGCCCAACACCUUUCAGUACAGAGCUGAUGUAUUCCUUUCUCCUAAGUUUCAGCUGUUGUUUCUCCAUCUAUCACCUUUGUAAACUUGAGUUGUGUGUGUGAAAGGAUUUAACUCAUCCAACCAAGUCAGUCAUAUAUUAGCUCCUCUGUUAUAUUUUAACUUAAAACAUAGCUGACCUUUAUUUCUUACUCUGUCAACUUUAGACAUCUCUCGGAUCCUAUGCACAAUGAGAAAACUACCCCCAUUCUGGCUUCAGUCUCUCAUUUAUCUGUAAACCUCCUGUCAUCCAUUAUAUUAGCUGUUUUUGCCUUUUACAUUAAGUAAAUAUUAGAUCUGUAUACAUACAGAGACAGAUCUCAGUGAUUGGUCUUUAAAGUUGGAAAUUAAAUAGCAUUAGAUCAUCAUCACCAUGUAAAUAUUCUCUGAAGAGUAAGAGCCAAGCACUGUGUGAAGAUGAUGUUUUCUCCUCUACAGGACCGGUGUUCUGAUCCUAGUCCCCACUUAAAAGAGUCUAUUCCUAACAUCAAAUGGGCUUUUCCAUAGCCCAGUUAAUUCCCAAAACCAUGCCACAUUUUACUGGGACUUGCUUUAUAUUAGAUCUCAAUACCUACCAUGGCUUCUUUUUUGUUUUUCUCGGAGCCAGUAGUUUUACCUCAUACCUUGAGAGGCAUCUAUCAGAUUUAUUCUGUUACCUAAAAUUACUAAUUCCUAAUGGGAAGGAAGGCUAAUGCUGUCUUGAUCUUUUUUAGGGGAUAUUUGCAUUUUUUGAAAGCUUUUAGGAUAGUUUCACAUUUAGUAUUCUGAAGUUUCAUCACCAUAUCUCUGGGUAUUUUUAUCUGUUGUAGUUGGGUUCUUGCCAGCUCAGGUUACUCAUUUUCCAGUGAGCUAUUCCAAGCUGAACAUUCAUGACUUUCUUCAGUUUAGAAAGAUGCUUAAUCACUUAUUUGAUACAUCCCUCUUAUAUUUUCUGUUAUUUUUUUCUGGAAAUUCUAUUAGUUGGACCUUCUGUGUCCUUUUUCUCUGUAAUUUUCUUUUUAGUUAAUACAGAGUUUCUUCAGUUCUCUUUCAAACCAUUUACUAGGUUUAUUACAGCUACGUAACUUUUUUCAUUUGUAGUUCUCUCCUAUCUAAUUCUUUUCCUGGUAGCUUUCCAUAUUUGCUUUAAACAUGUAACAUGUUUAAAUCUCAAGUUAAUGUAAAUUUUUAGUUUUCUCUUUUAACUUUGCCCAGUCUGAGUUUAGCUCUCUCUUGGUCCUUGUUAUGCUGAUAGUUUUCUUCAUAUGUGAUAAUCCUUCACUGUUUGCAUUUAAGAAAAUUCGGUUUGGUUAUUGUCUUAGGUAGAUAGCAGGGGCUGCUUUGGGUAUUCCUACUCUAGGUCUGCUUCCCUGAAUGGGAAGGGUUACUGGGACCUAUCUCUCUGCAUGGGAAGGGCUGGCAAGCCAAUGAGGUUCUCCAAAUUCCAAAACAGUUCAUUUAGGUUACCAACUCUCACUCUAACUUUCCUAGUUUUCCCUAAGUUCAUUCAAUUUUUUUUUUGUAGUUUAAAUUUAAACUACAUUUAUAAAAUAAAUUGUAUUACAUUCUUGGUUAAAACUUGGAACAUAACAGAUAACACUAAAUCUCUUGACCAAAAUAUCUAAUCCCAGUUCCCUCCCCAGAAGGAAACACUUAGCAGUUGGAUGUAUCUAUUCAGAACUUAUUCUAAGCUUAUACAUAUAUUAGAAAUAUAUGUGAUUUAUUUUGCAAAAUUUGCUUUUUCAAUCUAUGUCUUUUAGUCCAAUCCUUAUCAAUCAGUCCAUUCUUUCAGACACUGGUAAUAUUUCUAGUCAUCUGUGGAUAGAUUUAAAUUGUUUCCAGUGUUUUGUCUUCUAACCAUACUGCCCUCCAAAGGGGCCAAAGUGGCAGUGAUGAGUCUCAGUUCUCCACACGCUACCAGUUUUUUAUGUUACAUUAUAUAAAUUUACAUCUCAAUACAAGUGAGGUUAGACAGGGACUCAUAUUAAUUGAUCAUCUGCAUUUCUGUGAUUUGCCCAUUCUUAUCCUUUGUCCAUUUUUAUAUUCUCUUAGUUGUCCUUUACCUACUUAUGGUUAUUCUUAUGUCUUCCCUUUAUAUUAUUACAUUUUCUGUUGCUUUUAACUUUGUGCUAACUUUUGAUAUAAUCUGCUUCAUUCAUUCUUUCCUUUAUGGCUUUCAUUUUUGUUUUGGACUGGACAUAUCCUGUAUUUUCUCCUAAUACUUUUAUUGUACAUUUAGGAUUUUAUUUAACUGUAAUUCACUUUUGUGAAUGGUGUGAAGUAAGGAUCCUGUUGAAUUUACUUGAAGAUUUUUGAGAAUUUCUUUUUGAAGGAUUGAAGCUACUAGAAGAGGGCAGAAUGGAGAAGCUGCUGGCAGGGGUACUGACAUGACUCUAACAUAGGAAAGCAUUUAACAGUCUUGUCCUUGUAUCUCCGUUUUAAUGCUUACAUUCAGACUGAAAUGAUGGCAGCUUCUGCUACAUGUCAUGAAUUCUCCCUUUUGUAUCUUAUAAAACUUAACUCUCAUCCAUUGAUGACCCCUCUUUUCUGUUUUGUUUAGUACCUUUCACAUUAUUUUCUGUUUAUUGGGAUAUGGAGGAAAGACAAACUUGUGUGCUGCCAAAGGAUAUCUUGGGUGUUCCCAGUGAAAAUUCUGAUAUUGAUAAGCUGAGUUUCAGGAAGGUUCAAAUUUAUACUCCCUCACAUCAACACGUGGAAGUCUCUCUUCCUCUGCUUUUGCAAAUGCUUAAUGACUCUGAUAUUUAAAAAUGUAUAGUUCAUUGGUUUAACUUGUAUUUCUUCUGAUCCUACUGAUUCAUUACUUACCACAUUUAUCAGUCACCUAUUGCCUCUUUAAACCUCUGGAGAAGUGUCAUUUUCUAAGUGAUUUGUAGAAGAAACAUUUUUAUGUUAAGGAUAUGAAUUUCACAGAUUACAUCGUUCUAAUAAUUUCUCCAAUUUUGGUGGUUAAAACCUUUUGUUUAUACUAUCUUUGUCUAUAAAAAAGCUUGGUAAAGUUCUUACACAGACCUAGAAUCUUCAUGUUAUGGCUUCUGGGUCUCAUGUCAUGUUCAAGGUUGUUCUUAUUCCAUGAUUAUAAAGUACACUACAGUGUCCUCUAAUAAACUGUUUCACAUUUGAUAAAAGAAUGGGGAUUGUUUUUGUACAGAGCAGAAUCAGUUUACCAGUUUUACAGGCCACUGAUGUGAAAUAUCAAACUUUCACCACUUUCUUUGUACCUUUAUAUUCACAUUUGAAUUGGUUACGGCAUUGAUUGCAUGCUCAAAUCCUUCAGGAGUCAGGAAUAUAAAGUGUAGAGCAAGUCAGACGUAAGGGAGCAAGGAAUUGUUUGGACUGUAGAGAACUGUAAAACACAUGCCCAGGUACAGGUAUUCAUUGCACACCAAAUCAGCAUUUUUGUGGGCAGCCAGUUUGAGUAUUUACCUAUAGUUUUGGUUUCCUCUCUAGAUUUGGAAUUGUAGCUUAGAAGCUUAACGGCUUUCCUGUUUUAAAUGAUACAGGUUUAAUAUAAUUCAUCCACCUGGAAUUAGGAGAAGGGGUCA